AUGACAAUACCAUCACUUGAAAAAGAAAAUAAUAGUAGUGAGAGUAGUGAAAAUAAAAAAAGAGAACUUGAAAUCACUGAAAAAGAUAAUGAUGUUGAUAAUAAAGACGAUGAUGAUCAAGCAAUUUUGAAAAAAAGAGUUAAAAUUGGGAAUAAUAAUAAUAAUAAUAAUAAUAAUAAUAAUAAUAAUAAUAAUAAUAAUAAUAAUAAUAAUAAUAAUAAUAAUAAUAAUAAUAAUAAUAAUACUACAGAUGAAGAUGGAGAUUUUUUAAAUAAAAUUCAAGUUGAUUAUAAUAAAACUAUUUAUAGUGAAGUUUUACAAGAAAAGGAUCAACACAUUUUCAAUUUAAAAAAUAAAAAUUAUGAACAACAAAAACUAAUAGAGAAUCAACAAGAUUUAAUUAGAGAUUUAAAUAGAAAAAUAAAUUCAUUGAAAAUUAAUUUUGGUGAUUCAAUAGAACCAUUAUUUUCAUUAAAUUUAAAUUAUGUUGAUGAUAAGAAAAAUCAAAAUAAUUCAGAACCUGGUGAAGUUGAAAAAGAGUAUAUACUUGGUAAUAUUUCUCAUUAUUAUGAAGGUGGAUUUGUAUUAAAUAGGUUUGGAAAUAAAGAAUUUGCAGAUAUGGCUACAACAAUACCUUAUAAUUAUUCAAGAAUUCCAAUGUAUAGAAUUGAUAAAAGUGAUUUACACAAUGAUAAUAAUAAUAAUAGCGAUGAAAAUGACCCAAAUACUGAAGCUGAAAAGAAAUCAUUUAGUGGAAUUUGUUUCAACUGUUCACAAAAGGGUCAUUCUGUAAAUGAUUGUCCUUAUACAUAUUCAUAUAAAAGAGUUCAACAAAAUAGAAAAGCAUUCUUAGAAAGUAAACCAACAAAGCAAAAAUUAAAUGAAUCACUGCAACAACAACAACAACAACAACAACAACAGCCACACGAUCUACCACCUCCUCCCCCUCCACCAUCAUCUCCUCCCCCUCCACCCCCACCAUCACCUCCCAGAGUGCCAUUUCUACCUCCUCCCCCUCCUCCUCCUCCUCUUUCCCCCCCUCAUUCUUCUUCAAGUUCAACUUCUACUACUAUCACACCAACCGAAUCAACAUCAACAUCUUCAUCCGCAUCCACAUCCACAUCGACCUCAACAUCAACAUCAACAUCAACAUCGAAAAAUAAUAAUAAUAAUAAUAUAGAAACUAAAAAUACAACAUCAUUAUCAGAAUCAAUAAUUAGUGGUGAUGAUAUUGUUGUUGAAUUUGAUCCAUCAAAGAAUAAAAAUCUUUUUAUACAAAAUACAAAAAGUACACAAAAAGAAGAAACUACAGAAUCAAAUAAAUUUCAAGAAAAUGAAGAUUAUAUUGAAUUUCCAAGAGACCUUUUUGAACAAGCAGAAAAUAAAGAAACUGAAGAAUCAUACUAUAAAACAAAUUAUGAUCCAUCAUUCUUUACAAAUUUUAUAAAUUCAAAAAAUAAUAAUAAUAAUAAUAAUAAUAAUAAUAAUAAUAAUAAUAAUAAUAAUAAUUUUAAUAACUAUAAUAAUAAUUUCAAUAAUUAUAAUAAUGGUAACUAUGUUGGUUAUAACCAACAGUAUGGUAACCAAAACUUUAAUAGCAAUAUGUAUGGAUUUUAUAAUGGAAAUAAUAACAUUAAUAAUUAUCCAUAUGGAAAUAAUUAUAAUAAUUAUGAUCAUCAUAGAAAUAAUAUGUACAAUAGUAAUUAUAACAAUAGUUAUAAUAAUAAUAAUAAUUUUAAUAAUUUUAAUAAAAAUUUUAAUGGUUGUGGUGGUUUUGAUGAUAGAAUGAGAAACAAUGAUAGAUAUAGAGAUUUAGAACCUAAUAAUAAUAAUAAUAAUUUUCAACAAACAUUACCAACAACAAAUUUAAAUAAAAAUAUAAUAUCACCACCAAAACCACCAAAAUCGUCAACUAUUUCAAAUGUAACUACGUCAGUGGUAGUAUUAAAUCAACCAACUCCUAUAUCACCACCGCCAUCACAAAAUGAAGCUGUUGAUAUGGAUACUGAAGAUGGGGAAUUGUAA